UGGGUUGACCUGGCCGCGCACGCCAACCGUACAGCGGCAUACUUUGACAUCGGCUGCGCUCCAGCCACGAUAUCGUAUUACUGAAACUGGUUCAACUUGCAAUCUUAAAAAGCCUGGUCUAACUGUCGCCCGUGUCACUCCUUUUCCCGCGCGACGAUGGGGCAAGCGCAUGAUGUCGACCCCCUCGCUGCCGCCAUUGCACCGCCGCCCGACGAGACACCGGCCGCCCGCGAGGCGCGAUUGCAAGCAGAGGCAGAGGCUAAAAGAAUCAGCGAGAGCAUCGACGAGCAGCUGAAGACGGAGAAGGCAGCGUUGAAGAAGAAGAAGCCGAUCAAGGUGCUGUUGCUAGGCCAGAGCGAGAGCGGCAAGUCGACAACCCUCAAAAACUUCCAGCUGACAUACUCGCCAAAGGCAUGGGCUGAAGAGCGCGAAUCAUGGCGAACGGUCAUCCAGCUCAAUCUCGUGCGCAACAUGAACACCAUCCUCGAUCUUCUCGCGGAGGAAAUGACCGCCGCUACACAACUCCAUGUAUCUAGUGCUUCCGACUCGAGCGACGAUGAGGAGGCGCCGAUCGCACCGCCAUCGCGCUCGGACGGCCCGCUGAGGUUCACCGAUCAGCAUGCGUUGCUCAAGCUGCGUCUUGCACCCUUGCACGGUCUCCAGAAGGACCUCGAGGCCCGCCUGGGCAUCGCUUCGCAUGAAGAGAAGGAGAACAUCGCUGCCGAUGGCUAUUACCUCGGGAGAUGGGGUAUCCACGUAUCGCGUCCGCAGGAGGCAUUCAUCCGCUCGCAUCAUGCAUGGAAGAGCCAGGUAAUGGCGCCGCUGACCGGGUCAUCACAGCGGUACAGAGAGAUGAAGGCGCGAGAGGCGACGGAGAUUAUCGCGGGAUGUGCGGAAGACAUGCGAGCUAUCUGGGAGGAUAGUAUUAUCCAGCAGAUGUUGCGAAAGAGGAAGCUCAGGAUGGAGGCCACGUCCGGUUUCUUUCUUAACGAUGUGGAGCGCAUCGCUGCCAGAGACUACGAGCCUUCUGAUGAUGACGUCGUGCGCGCGAGGUUGCGGACAUUGGGCGUGCAGGAGUACAAGAUCAAAUUCGAGAAAGGCCCUGCUGCAGGCUCCGAAUGGUGUCUCUAUGACGUUGGAGGGUCCAGAACACAGCGUGCCGCAUGGUUUCCUUAUUUCGACGACUGCGAUGCAAUCAUCUUCCUCGCGCCUGUCAACUGCUUUGAUGAGCGACUCGCGGAAGAUCGCAAGGUCAAUCGCCUAGAAGAUAGCUACCUCUGGUGGAAGCUCGUGUGUUCUUCGAAGCUGCUCGCGCGGACCGAGAUCAUCCUUUUCUUGAACAAGUGCGACUUGCUGGACCAGAAGCUGCAAAGCGGCGUGCUCGUCAAGGAACAUGUGCGCAGCUUCGGUGAUAGGCCCAAUGACGUUGAUACAGUCAGUAAAUACUUCGCCUUGCAUUUCAAGGACAUCAUGAAACGCAAUUCUCUCCAAACCCGUCAAUUCCGGGUUUAUUACACUUCCGUAAUUGAUACCAAAGCUACCGCUGUAACUCUGAGCAUUGUCGAAGAGGCAAUCCUUCGUGCCCAUCUUGUAGCAGCGGAUCUAGCUUAACUUAUCCGUCUAUCUGUACCUCGCCCGUUGCUCUGUGCUGUUUGCCAUCUGUGUUGUCCGUGUCUUAUCUGGAGGAUUAUCUAUGCUUGUCGAAUGUAUCUGGUGCUCUAGAAUGUACAUGUAGUCCUCGCAAUCCGUAAUAAGACUGUUGCCCUA